AUGAUUAUUCUCGCUCGCAUAUCAAGGACACUGGAUGAAGUCCAACCUGUAGAACAAGCUGAAUUUCGCCAGGGAUUCAGUUGCGUGGAUCACAUCCAGACAGUUUCGAGGAUUAUCGAAGUUUGCCGAGAGUACCGAAUACCUUUCGUCCUAACCUUUUUUGGCUAUGAGAAAGCGUUUGACAGCGUCGAGACUGCCAUACUGUCAGCGCUCGUCGACCAAGAGGUGAACCCAUCUAACGUGAGGACAUUGGCCGACUGCAACAGGAACUGCUUUACAACGGUACACCUUUUCCAUCGUCCUCUUAACAUACCAGUCUCGCAGGGGGUUGGACAAGGCGACACCGUGCCGCCGAAGCUGUAUGCCGCCGCAUUGCAGUGGGUGAUGAAAUUACUGGAUUGGAACGAGAGAGGUAUACGAGUUGAUGAGAGAAUCCCCUCGAAUCUUCGUUUUGCGGACGACAUUGUUCUCUUCUCGAGAAAUAUCACUGAAGCGGAGACGAUUAUCACUGAAGCGGAGACGAUGUUGAAGGAACUAGGAAGUAGGGAAGCGGAUAGGACUGCGAAUCAACCGGAAGAAGACUCAGUUCAUGAAGAAUGCCUUUUGCGAGAGAAAGGGAGAGCAGAUAGGAUUGCAAAUCAACCGGAAGAAGACUCAGUUCAUGAAGAACACUUUUUGCAAAAUUAG